UUUUCAGUGUUGGUGCGUGGUAGUAGUAUCGGGUUCUUUGAUUUUUUCGUGUUAUUAGUAGUAAAUUCGUUGUUAAUAAAUUAUGGAGGCUGGUGCGAGUACCGGUACUCGUACAACGCGAUUUAUGAUGGAAGGUGUCGGAGCUCGGGUCAUCCGUGGACCCGAAUGGAAGUGGGGUAAACAGGAUGGAGGAGAAGGCCACGUGGGAACUGUUCGAAAUUUCGAAUCUCCAGAAGAAGUUGUUGUUGUUUGGGAUAAUGGUACAGCCGCUAAUUAUCGUUGUUCUGGUGCAUUUGAUCUUCGAAUUUUGGAUUCAGCUCCUACUGGUGUAAAACAUGAUGGAACAAUGUGCGAUACAUGUAGACAACAACCAAUUUUUGGAAUUCGCUGGAAAUGUGCAGAGUGUGGAAAUUACGAUCUCUGUUCUAUUUGUUAUCAUGGAGACAAACAUCACCUAAGACACAGAUUUUAUCGUAUAGCAACUCCUGGAAGUGAAAGAGUCUUAUUGGAACCAAGACGUAAAAGUAAAAAGAUUGCAAUUCGUGGUAUAUUUCCUGGUGCAAGGGUUGUGCGAGGUGUUGAUUGGCAAUGGGAAGAUCAAGAUGGUGGAAAUGGACGAAGAGGUAAAGUCAAUGAAGUUCAAGAUUGGUCAGCUGCCAGCCCACGUUCAGCAGCUUAUGUUAUAUGGGAUAAUGGUGCCAAAAAUUUGUAUCGCGUGGGCUUUGAAGGAAUGGCGGACUUAAAAGUUGUUAAUGAUGCUAAAGGUCAAACAGUGUAUAGGGAUCAUUUGCCACUGUUAGGUGAACAGGGUCCAGGUCGAACUGGUCCGCACGGAUUACAAAUUGGAGAUCAGGUUAACGUUGAUUUAGAAUUGGAAAUAGUGCAGUCAUUGCAACAUGGACAUGGUGGUUGGACAGAUGGAAUGUUUGAGUGCCUUGGCACUACAGGCACUGUCGUUGGUAUCGACGAAGAUCAUGACAUUGUCGUGUCAUAUCCAAGCGGAAAUCGAUGGACUUUCAAUCCUGCUGUAUUGACGAAAGUGCAAAUACCAGUACCAGUUACCAGUUCAAGCUCCGAUAAUCAAACAUUUGCGGUUGGAGAUUUGGUACAAAUAUGUAAUGACUUAGAGAAAAUUAAACUGCUUCAACGCGGUCAUGGAGAAUGGGCUGAAGCAAUGGCGCCGACUAUGGGAAAAAUUGGUAGAGUUUUGCAAAUAUACCACGACGGAGACUUAAAAGUAGAAGUUUGCAGUACAUCUUGGACUUAUAAUCCCCAAGCAGUUACGAAAGUAGCGAGUAGCGAUGGUAGUGUUCCGGGAAAUAGCAGUGGAGAACGUUUAUCAGCACUGUUGAAGAAAUUAUUUGAAACGCAUGUUUCGGGUGAUGUUAAUGAAGAAUUGGUGAAAACUGCGGCAAAUGGCGAUGCUGCUAAAUGCGAAGAAUGCUUGAAAAGACCAGAAGCCGAUGUAAACGGUGUAUUUGCUGGCCACACUGCUUUACAAGCUGCAAGUCAAAAUGGUCAUCUAGAAGUCAUUAAAAUUCUCCUCCGUUACAAGGCAGAUGUAGAGAUUGAAGAUAAAGAUGGAGACAGAGCUGUACAUCAUGCAGCUUUUGGAGAUGAACCAGGAGUAAUGGCAUUGUUAGCUGGUGCGGGAGCUGACUUGAAUGCCAGAAAUAAAAGACGUCAAACAGCCCUCCAUAUCGCGGUUAAUAAAGGACAUGCUGGUGUAGUGCGCACGUUGUUGGAAUUAGGUUGCCAUCCAAGUUUACAGGAUUCUCAAUCAGAGGGAGAAGACAGCGCUGUACAAAGUUCCGCCGCUACAGAAGACUCGUCCAAUGUAGGGGAACAAAAUGAAGAAUUAGUGUCUUUGACUAAUACUUCAAACAAAAUAAAAAAUCGAAAGGAAUUUGUACCUCUUCAACAAGUACUUCGAGAGAAAGUAACGAUAACGCAGGAUUCUAGAGUAGACAAAAUUUAUGAAAUACUACAAAACAUUAUUUGGAAACGAAUUCCUAGAGACGCGACUAUUCUAUUAUAUUUGGCGAAUAUAUUGGUAUGAAGCAUAGGAGUUGUAAUUAAUGAAAGGAGUUGAAUUAAUACAAAGUAUUAUUGGAUAUUCGAUCUCUAAUAUUUUGUUUAAAUUCGAGAUGUAGAAAUUCACAAUAUUCUCUGUUGUAUCCACUCUAUCAUCAUCUUCGACUUCGUCACAAUGGAGGUUGGAAAUUCGAUACAAAUUUUCUUCGAUUAGCUUACAAAGUGAACAUUAAGGCACAUAAUAUUCAGCUAUAUAAGCGAAUGCAGUAGACUUCCGUAUAACGCGCAUUUUUAUAACUCGCCAGAGAUAUGGCGACUACUGAUUUCAUAUAAUCCAUAUCAGCAAUUUCUCGUACAAUGCACAUUUCGUACAAUUCAUCCCCGCAUUUAAAACACUAAAUUUGUAAGCGAAACUAAUUCAACAAAUGAAAAUGAGUACUAAAAACGAAGAGGUUGGAACGCAAUUUUUAAUGACUCGAACAGUGUCUAACGAUUCAAAUUACGAAAGAAUUUGUCAGUUUUUUAAAUUCAUCAUAAAAAUUUGAUUAUACAAAUAAAUUUGUACAAUCAUUUUUUUUAAAUUAAAUUUCAUUGAAAUAAAACAGAUUUUUUACGUACACUAAUAAUGUAUUUGAGUUAACAGUGUAUACAUAUAUGUCACUUUUUUUUAGUAUACCAAUUGUUAAAAGAUAGAAAAUAAAAUUUGGCAAUAAUCAUUCCGAACAUGUUACUUUAGAUUUUUUAUACGCGUUAUACGAAGAAAGUCUCGUAUUCAUACAUCGUGUAACGCAUUAACUGCGUUAUACGGGAGUCUACUGUACACUGACAUUGUAUGUAAAUAAUUCUACAGGUUUUUAAGUCGCAAUUUUUGUAAUUUUGUAUUUUUAACUUAUAUAGUUUACUUUCUUCAUUUUAUGAAAUAAAUUUAAAUCA